AUUUUCUGCAAAUUCCUUUAGCCCCCGAGCUCUUUGAUAACGAUAUAUAGCGUUCUGAAUCGAUAUUGCUGUCUCCUUUAUUUCUGAAUACAUUAUAUAGACAUAAAAACGGAGUAGGAACUGUAGACGUUUCUUAUAAUCGUGCUUAGCGGACACUGCACAUUGAACGGGGAACACGUGUACAUCGAACAUGUAUUUCAGUUUACAGCUGUUGGGUUUUGUGUGCGUGUUGAAGAGUCCACGUAUUAUAAGCAGUGAAAAGUUGAUCUAGUUGUGAGCAAUGUGCUAAUCGAUUAGUGGACAUAUUUGUACUCUGUGACCGUAUGAUGGAUCGCAGACACUUUGACACGGACAGAGAUAGUGUGGUGGAUACCCCGGUGUCCAGACAGUAAAAGUGAGUACUGUAGUACCUGUGUGAACAAUACGUCACGCACGUGGUUGUCGUGUAAGUAUCAGUCACAUGACACUGGAAGGCCGCGGGAAGUACAUCCGUCAGUCGUGGCAGUGCGCUGACCGCCGGGAGUCUCCCACGCCAGCGUUCCUGGAGGCGGGCUCCAGACAGUUGCAGGGCGUUGUGGUGGAGGCCCAGACGUGUGGCCCAACCGGCAGGACGACUGCGACCACGACGACAGCUCCGACGACCAUGGUGUUCAUGCCAUACGGCGCGGAGAUGAAGAGCUCUAGCUCAGACGGCGACAUUUCGCUCACAGUCCAGGCCCCUGGGCUCAGCUCUCUCCCGGCGCGGACCCGCGACUCAGGCUUCGGGGCCUCCAUCUCCUCAGAGAACGACGCCGUCCCGCCCGCCACAUCUGACUUUUCCUCCAGCUACGAGAAUGUGACCAGUUUCUGUUCCCCACCUUCUCCCGUGGAGGAGAGAAGGUUUGUUGAACCUGAGGGUCUCUGUCUCGCGGGUUCGCGGGGGUUACAAGGAAAUAUAAACAUCCCACAGCGUCCCUCUUUUCCCAAUGCACCGCCAGUUGCCCCAAAACCCAAGAAAAAGCCGCCCGUCCCUCCCCCAAAACCGCCUGUUCCUCCACCGAAACCGAAACCGGCUGUUAAGAAAAAGCCCAAGAUGAAAUCCGUGAAUUUUAAGGAUGAUGUGGAUAUUGUCCCCGCCGAGCCCUUCUUAGGCAUGCAGACAGUGCUGGAGGAGUUGAGCUGUGAGUUGAAGGAGGGAAAUGAGAACUCCUUUGUUUACCCGGAGGUGGAGCUCAAGAGCACGUCUUUCGUCCAAGCUGAGACUUGUUGCCAGCCUCCUAAACCGCACGAGGCGGACGCGUGCACUCUGGAGACGGCCGAGGAGGUGGAGACAAAGUUCCCUAACUCUUUCGUGGCGACCAAGAGGAAGAGAAACGCCAGCCCUUUCCCCAGAUCGCUCACUUCUCCUGGAGGUUUGGGCGGUACGCCGACCUCUCUUCGCUCUUCCUCGCCAGCUCCAAGCGCGUUCUCCAAACCCCGUGGUGGGGUCAACAGUCCUAAAAAAGAGCAGGAUGAGUCGGAGGAUGGCGUCACUUCGUUUCGAACCGGGGCCACUCGUGAGGGAAGGCCCAGAGCGCCCGUAAUCGGUUCUGAGCGCUCGCCUUUCGUGAGGCCGAGUCCGGUCCAGAAAUCUUUCGCCCGCUCGUCCACCUGUUCUGACGCCUCCUCCGCCUCCUCCGCCUCCUCCAGCUCCUCCGUGAGCGCCAGCACGCCCUUACUCGUGAAGACACAGCAGAUGGGCUCGGUGGACGUCUCCCCUUGUCGUGCUGGCGUCGGGGGGCGUGGCGCUGGGCGUGGUGGCGGCGGCGGGGGGCGUGACUCCCCUAUGAUGCCGCUGUCCCCGUCCUGCUGUUCUGUGGGCUCGUCUUCUUCGGCGGUGUCCUCAUCGUCCUCCUCGUCGUCUGGGUCGCUGCUGGUGGCGCCGAAUUUCGAAAGUGGCAUAGUUGGCUGUGGCGUUGGUCACCAGGCCGUGCCCGAAGUGCCGGGCUAUGAAGACGUGGGAUCUUCCUCUACGUGGUGCGAGAAGUGUCCACAGGGCAAGUGCCAGACCGUCUAUCUACACCUUCCAGGCAGGUUCCACUCUGUUGUUGUUGUUUUUGUUGUUGCUGUUGUUGUUGCUUUUGUUGUCGUCGUCGUCGAUUGUGAUGCCGUUGUCGAGAGUUGUCUAUGCCAGAUUCCCUGUAGUUUACACUUUCCAGGCUAAUUCUGUCCCCUUCUCUUUAU